UUGGACUCGAUGAUCUCAAAGGUCUUUUCCAACCAAAGCGAUUCUGUGAUUCUAUGGAAAUCCCUAGAGAUGCUCCGACAGUCGUCCUUUGUUCCGAUGUCCCGUUUCUGGGGCUGUGAGGUGGCUCAGCCCCGAGGUGGUGUCUCCUGGGUUUAGGACAGUUUAGGACUGGGAGUGAAAUUUGUUUUAAAAGGUCGGCGUUUUCCCCCGCAAGCCGUGCGUGCGACGGUGGCUCCGUUUCUGAGAGAAAGCGUGAGAGCACCUUUUCUUUGAAGUGAAACCUUGGCCCCUGGGUUUGGUGGGUCUCCAGCGAGCACACCGCGGCCGGCACGCCACACCCUGCGGGUUGUCCCCUCAGCGCGCCCAGGCCGGUGGCUGGGAACGCGGUUCCUACACCGCUGAGGAGCUACAGCCCCUUUCAAGUCAAAGUUUCCAGGAAUGUGUAAGAAUUUAAAUGAGUAGUAUUGAAAAAUGUUUUGCUGCCAUACCUGGUGAGGGAUGUCUGCGAUUCACAGGAAAAACGGCUAUCGAUAAUGUCUCAGUGCUGUAACUACACCCCAACUGGGGUGGCUAACCCGGCUCUUCAGCACCAGUUAGGUAUGACUCAACACCGGCGGAAUAUCUGUGUUUGUUGUAAUCAUUUUUCCUAGAUCAAAAGUGAGACACUUGGUUAAGCUCUUGAAGAGGCAUGGAGUACCUUGCAGUUAAUAGGAGCGCUUAAGGGUGAAACUUUAUGGAAUUGGCUUCGGAUACAUGGAAUUUUUUUCCCUCUGGAAAAUCUAGGCAAAGAUAACUCCAGCUGAAUUCUGUCCUGAGUGGUAAAGCUCCAGAGGUCGAUCGCAGGCUCAAGAUGUGGAUAAAAUGGCUGGGAAAAGGGAGAAAUGUAGCUGUUUAUCAUGGCGGAAUGUGGGAAACAUGACAGCAAAAACAUUGUUUUCAUGUAAUAUCACAACAGCAUUUCUGUCUUUUAUUAUUGCAGAGAAAUGUGAAGCGUAUGAUGUGAUGUUGAGGCAAAGUCUCGUGCCUGAUGGGCAGCCUCUUGCUAUUAAAUGUUCGCUGGAAAAGAGCUUGAAAAGUGGAGACUACAACUUAACAUGGUAUAGAGUUGGUAACCAGACAGCUGUGCCUAGAGACAAACUUUCUAGAAUUCAUCAGCAGAAGAAUUUAAUUUGGUUUCUUCCUGCAGUGUUAGAAGAUUCUGGAGAUUAUGAAUGUGUCAUAAGGAAUUUGACAGGCUGCAGGAAAAUGUGUACAAAAGUCACAGUUUUUGAGAGGAUUGAUGGUUUAUGCUUAAAUGAGAAAUUUGCUGUAGAGGAGGUGAUAUUCACGUCAUCAUCUGCAAAGGUUGUGUGUCCACACUUGGAUUAUUUCAGGAAUGAGAAGAAUAUUCAUCCUGUUCAUUGGUAUAAGGACUGCCGGCUGCUGGAAGGGAAAAGGUUUGCCUUCUCAAACAGUGAUCUUAUCAUUUUCAAUGUGACUGUACAUGAUCAAGGAAACUAUACAUGCGAAACAACAUAUACCUACAAUGGAAAACAGUAUAACAUUUCACGAGACAUCAUUCUGACUGUAGAAGUGAGCCCACCAAAAAAACCCCCAGAAAUAUCUUACCCAAGAAACAACUCCAUUGAAGUGGAACUUGGCUCACAGGUUACAGUGGAUUGCAAUACAACAGGUGCUGAUGGGUAUGAGGUGUUUUGGACAGGCAACGGUGUGUAUAUUGAUGUAUUUCAUAUGAGCAGAAUUUUUGCAAGUCCUUAUGAGGAUGCAACUUCUUACGAUGGACGCCCUAUGCAUUCUGUGAAACUAGUAAUUUUGGAAGUGAAUAGUGAAGAUUAUGAGCAACCAUUUGUCUGUCAAGCUUCAAAUGCCUUUGGGCAGGUUGCAUCCUAUAUUAUAUUAAAACGCAGAGUUCCUGAUGUGCGAAGAUGGCUGACUGGAGGGCUUGUCUCUUUGUUAAUUUUAACAUUUAUUACUUUAAUAAUCUACAAGAUUUUCAAGAUUGACUUGGUACUUUGGUACCGUAGUUCUGUCUGUGCCUUUGCAAGUAAGGAAGAUGGGAAAAUCUAUGAUGCAUAUGUCGUGUACGCAAAAAACAGUGGAGGCAGAAGCUUCUGUCAGCUGGAAACCUUUGUUCACAGAAUACUCCCUGAUGUUUUAGAACAACAAUGUGGAUAUAAUCUCUUUAUAUUAGGAAGGGAUGAUUUACCGGGAGAAGCUCUGCUCAGUGUUGCUGAUGAAACCCUUAAGCAAAGCAGAAGACUGAUGAUUAUUUUGGGAUCAGAAACAUGUAGUUGCUGCCUGUUAGAAGACACCUCUGAACAGCAACUAGCUAUGUAUAAUGCACUCAUCCGUGAUGGGAUUCAAGUGAUUCUUAUAGAAAUGGAUGAAAUACAGGACUACACAAGCAUGCCAGAGUCAAUCAAAUACAUUAAGCAAAAACAUGGAGCUAUCCGAUGGAAAGGGGACUUCUCAGAGGAAUCUUGUUCAGCAAAUACAAGAUUCUGGAAAAAUGUUCGCUAUCAAAUGCCAUCCAGGAAAAAGGUAUCUUAUUCUGAAGUGUAUUUGUUGCCCCUAACUUUGAGUAAUUCUGCAGAAAAGGGAAGUUAAGGUGCACUUAUUAAAAAUAAUACUGAGAAAGUAAUUCUGAAAUGUGGGGGUUUUUUACAUAAAUUCUUUCUAUUACAAAGUAAAUGCUUUCUUCAAGGAGUAAAAACUACUCAUCCCUUCCCCAAAUUACACCCUAAAAGAAAAACUUGUGCAAUUUUAUUUCUGUUCUAGGUUUUGGGUAGUGAUACAAUUUGCUGUGUUAGUCACACAGAUAUGAGAAGUAAACGUUGCUGAUGGUGGUAGACUAUAAAAUAGUUAGCAUCCACAUAAAUGUAAUACCCACUGAAGAAGAAGCUGUGAAGCCCACUUUUUAAAAUUGAAACUACAGUUGAUAAAUUAAAAGUCUGUUUCUGCUGUUAGCAUUUUCCUAGUCUGUCUGUUCCUCUUCUUGUUGCCUCUCCGUGAUUGUCUGACUCCCUCAUUACUGCAAGAAUCUGCACUGUGCAAGCUUUGGGGACCCCUCCUGAGCGACAUGCCUUAUCAUUGCUUCUUGAAGAGGUUGAGAAAAUACAUGAUAUAGCAGGUAUAUUUAAAAGUCCUCACAACACUAAAUGUGUUUCAGCUGAACAAUUGGUACCAAAUGUGUUCAGCAAAUGGAAUGGAAUCCGUGCCUUUUUAGACAUUUGUUGAAUAAUGCUGUGAUAUCUGGUCUAUGGGGUGUUUCUAAACUUAGUCUCUUGAAAACAUCAGGAAACUGAAAAUAUUUCAGAUUUCUUGCAAACUGGAAGCUUUCUAGACUGUGCUGCUACUCUGGAAACCAGGUGUUCUCAUUCCGUUUCUCAGCUGUGCUAACUACAAGCAUAGAAAUUCACUGAGGAUCUAUUAAAGGACUGAGCUUGGGCUGGGUAUCCUGGAGAGAGUGGAAAAUGGCCAGUUCUGAAACUUGACUAAGUGCUAAUGGCAAGAAAUAACAUCUUGUCUACUUGUGAAAGAAAAAAAAUUGGAGUCAUGUGACUAUAUCGACCUGCUUGGGAGUAGCUUGGUAUUUCUGGACCCCCAAUCCAUUGUUUGGUGUGCAUCAGCAUGAGAAAACGACAUGCUGCUUCCUUUUCAAGGUGGUCCGAAUUGGUAAGAGUUUUCACCCUCCAGCCUUGAAGAGCAUCAUCUGAAUGCAAAUGUGAAUUCUGCUUGCUUUUUUGGUUCUUUUCUGAAGUAGGUUCUUAGGUUAUCUUUAUUGCCAGGAUAGCAUCUAUCACUGAAUUCCUUUCAGCUGGUUCUCGGAUGCAUGUAUGCUGUAUAUUCUUCGUUGGGCUGUACUGAUGGAAGAGAAAGCAAGGUCCAGGAGUAGAACAUAAGUUUAAAGCGAAAGGUUUGCAUUAGCAUUUCCUGGUACCUUUUUCUUUGAGAAGGUCUAACAAUACUCCUUAUGAGCAGUGUCUCAUUCUCCUGGCUGUGGGCUUCACAGCUGUGUAAGUUUCCACAGCAUCCACUGACUAGAGACUUCUGAGAUGUCACCACGAAAACUGAGAACAGGGUAGAUCCAUCAGAUGAGGUACUAUUGUUCUAGUAGAUGUUGAAUCAGUCUUCUCUGGAAAUGCAUAACAUUCAGGCUGGAACCUUGAAAAAAUAAAUUUAGGAACCU